AGAAGAGGAACAACAACAACAUUAUCAUCAUCAUCAUCAUUAUCAACAACAACAACAGGUUAGGGGAGCCCUGGGAUAGAGAAAUGUCUUAACUAGGAGAUCGGAAAUCGUGGCGAGUAGUGCGGACAAAAUUGAGAAAAAAUGUGGGGAAGCAACAGCUGUGUUGGAAUGCUAACAAGAUGGGUGUCAGAUCUGAUGACAUGGAGUGGGAGGAUGAGGGUCAAGGAAUGAAUGAAGAAGCAAUGUGAAGGUUAAGUGCUGCAAUUGGUGGUGUUGGGGAUUUAUUUGGUUUAGAAUUUUAUUUUCAUGGUAGUACAUAGUUGGUCUGAUCAUGAUUGAUCGACAUUCCAGCACAGUAGGUGGCGGCAUUCACUUUAAACGUUGGUUUGUGGCCCGCCAUGAUACUACAGAAGAAGAAGGCGGCGAUGAAGAGAGGAUACCAUGUUGAAUUAGUGUUUUGUAUGGAGUGAAUUUAAUCGAACAGUGACAUAAGUAAUUGAUCUGCCGCAAACAUCUAUGAUAUAUAACAUCAAAGUGAGAGAAAGGUGGAACAGGUUUGAGUUGCUGAAUACACCACCACUCACACACACAGCUACACACGUUGACAAAAGAGCUGAGAGAGGAGGGAGACUCACCUGGAACAGAGGGGACAGACCGAAAGGAGCCCAAGGGGAACUUAAAGCUGCGUUGCUUUUGGACUACAGUUACCCUUGUUUGAUUUUCAACAUCAGGAAACUACUUUAACACGUGGAUGGACAUAUACAGACAGAGUGGAAAACAAAUGUUGAACAAUAAGGACAUUAUUAUUUUGAUGAAAUAUUUGUACAAAGGACAUCGAUGUUGAGCAAUUCAAAUGGACUUGAUGCAAAACAAGGAAAUAAAAAUAUGUAAAUGUACAUUUGAUCAAAGAUUAUAUUACAGAUGCUAUUUCCCCGCUUCAAAUAGCAGUUCUAUUGCAGGAAUUAAACAAUUUGAUUCUUGUUCACAUAUAAUGUUCUAUAUUGUGUGUAGUAUAUGUAUGCAUUUGAAUGCAUAUAUCUCUUCAUUUGGGAGAGCUCUUGUAUAAAUACUAUUUUUUUUCAUACGGCAGUAAACUCUGUUGAAGGGGACCGAACUGCACGCACAUAUAUAUGUAAAAACGACAGACUUCUGUUGUAAAAGCUUUGGACAAAAAAACAAGAGAAUAUUUGUUAAUGUUUAUUAGACUCAUCUACUUUUGAAGAGGCUUUUUAAGGGGGCAAAAAAAACAGAAAAUAUUAAUAUUUUGAGAAUAAAAACAGGAAAGCGGAAAUGGCAGCUGCCAGAACAGAGAACCUUGGUCCUGUCGUCAUGGGACUGAACAAGCAGAACGGGCAGCUUGGGGGGCCGCCUAAACCGGCUUCACCCCAAUCAGGACCCCUCGUCCUGGGCUCUCUGUCAGACGAGGCCACAGGUGCAUCCCAGAAAGCGGGUGCUGCCCAGGAGGGAACUGGGAUUAGGUUUGGAGAUGACUGGAAAAAAAGCCUACAGCUCCCUCCCAAAGACACCAGGGUCAGAACCUCUGAUGUAACGUCCACUAAGGGAAAUGAGUUUGAGGACUACUGUCUGAAACGGGAGCUCCUGAUGGGCAUCUUUGAGAUGGGCUGGGAGAAGCCCUCUCCUAUCCAGGAGGAGAGCAUUCCCAUAGCCCUGUCAGGACGAGACAUCCUGGCCCGAGCCAAGAAUGGAACAGGGAAGAGUGGGGCCUACCUCAUCCCCAUGCUGGAGAGAAUAGACCUGAAGAAGGACUAUAUACAGGCCAUUGUGAUGGUGCCCACUCGUGAGCUGGCCCUGCAGGUUAGCCAGAUCAGUAUCCAGAUCAGUAAGCACCUGGGCGGCGUGAAGGUCAUGGCCACCACGGGCGGCACCAACCUGCGAGAUGACAUCAUGCGCCUGGACGAGACUGUGCAUGUGGUCAUAGCCACACCCGGCAGGAUCCUAGACUUGAUAAAGAAGGGCGUUGCCAAAGUGGAUAGAGUCCAAAUGAUGGUGAUGGAUGAGGCAGACAAGCUGCUGUCUCAGGACUUUGUAGUGCUCAUCGAGGAUAUCAUCAGCUUCCUGGCCAAGGGCCGUCAGAUCCUACUCUACUCUGCCACCUUCCCCAUCAGCGUGCAGAAGUUCAUGGCCAAGCACCUGCAGAAGCCCUAUGAGAUCAACCUGAUGGAGGAACUGACUCUGAAGGGCAUCACCCAGUACUAUGCCUACGUCACUGAGAGACAAAAAGUCCACUGUCUCAACACACUCUUCUCGCGGCUGCAGAUCAAUCAGUCCAUUAUCUUCUGUAACUCCACCCAGAGAGUUGAGCUGCUGGCCAAGAAGAUCACCCAGCUGGGCUACUCCUGCUUCUACAUCCACGCCAAGAUGAUGCAGGAGUACAGAAAUCGUGUGUUCCACGACUUCAGAAAUGGACUCUGCAGAAAUCUUGUCUGCACCGAUCUGUUCACCAGAGGUAUUGACAUCCAAGCCGUCAAUGUCGUCAUCAACUUCGACUUCCCCAAGAACGCCGAGACAUACCUGCAUCGCAUUGGAAGAUCAGGGAGGUUUGGUCACCUGGGCCUGGCCAUCAACCUGAUCACCUCUGAGGACCGCUUCAACCUGAAGUCCAUCGAGGACCAGCUGGUCACCGACAUCAAGCCCAUCCCUGGCAGCAUCGACAAGAACCUGUAUGUGGCCGAGUUCCACACCGCCAACCUAGACUGCGAGGUGGAGGGGGAGCUGAAGGAGACAGGCUGCCAACAGGAGGAGCCCUAGAUCCCCUCAACUGGACAAUAGGACAUACUCGGCUUUUGCACAACAUUCAGCUCUUGCACACAGGCACCUCUUCAACUUCUCUUUUCUCAACCUUCAAAACCUGGCACAUGGACGUUAAGGUCGAGUUGACUUUUUGCUGAUUUGUAUAUUCUGUUCUUAUUCCCCCUUAUUAUUUCAUUAAGACCUGCCUGCAUUUUUAAAAAUUUAAAUUGGUUUAACCAUGUUGUUUUGCACCAAAGGUAGCUUGCCCAAUGCACACUGAAUGAGAUCAAUCAAUCCUUUUUUGGCUUAAGACAUGUAGGCUAAUGUUUUUUGGAUUGUAUCCUGGUAUUACAAGGUAACAUAUCAGCUGAAAAACUUCAGAGAUAGGUGAGGAACAUUGUCUUAAAAAAGUAAGAACCAUGCAAAAUAUUGAUCAAGUUGUACUGUUUCCAGCUGAAUAUGUCGUCCAUUUUUAUGGCCAGCUUUGGAGGAGGACAGGUUUGUGUCAUCAAUGACAUGAAGCCUAUUGUUAACCUUAGCAACGACCACUAAGGGUAAAGAAAGCUUCAGAAUGUUGGAAAGCUCAUUCACUUACAUGCAUUUUUGAUUGGAAUUAAGGUUUUAAAGGUUUUAAACUUAUUAAUAAAUUCACAAAUGGUUGGAUAAUAAAUCCUUUGCUACAGCACUACUAAUAUCCAACCUCGACUUGAAUAACUUAUCUUCUGUACUACAUACACUGAGCGUACAAACCAUUAGCAACACCUUCCUAAUAUUGCGUUGCGCCCCAUUUUGCCCUCAGAACAGCCUCAAUUCGUCGGGUUUCGAAAGAGUUACACAGGUAUUCUGGCCCAUGUUGACUCCAAUGCUUCCUACAGUUGUUAUGCACUUGAGUGAGGACCCAAAAGCGGUUUAACAAAAACAGAGUCCUUUAAUGUAAACACAGGGAAGACAUAGAUCCUCUUCAGAUGUAGAUAAUGGAAAAAUAGACAACCCGCAGAGAGGGCAACAAAUGAAACAAAAAGUCCUUCUGAUAAUUACAAAAGAGCCCCCUUCUUAGCAGCAGAGGAGAAUAGCUGGGUUAGCGGCGACAGGCUGCAGGUCGCUCUGGGUAGGCGCGGGUCGUAGAGGAACAGUGGUACCUCAUCCCACAUAGCAUCAGAUGAACUGGACACAGUACAAACGAUAAGACAGUUAGCUGAGUACAGGAUGCACUUGCCAGGCAGAUUCCGACAGGACAAGGAUGAAGCAAACGAGACGAUAGUUUGUUUCUGGCAUGAGAAACUCAGACGAGAAUCUGACACAGAAAGAAGCAGGAACAGAGAGAGAAAUAGAGACCUAAUCAGAGGGAAAAAGGGAACAGGUGGGAAAAGAGUGAACGAGGUAGUUAGAGGAGAUGAGGAACAGCUGGAGGAGGAGAGAAAGAGAAGGUAACCUAAUACGACCAGCAGAGGGAGACAGAGUGAAGAGAAAGAACAGGAACAAGACAUAAUAUGACAAGACAUGACAACAGUUGUGUCAAGUUGGCUGGUAGGUCCUUUGGGUGCUGGACCAUCCUUGAUACACACGGGAAACUGUUGAGUGAGACAAACCAGGCAGCAUUGCAGUUCUUCACACACUCAAACCGGUGCGCCUGGCACCUACUACCAUAACCCGUUCAAAGGCACGUAAAUAUUUUGUCUUGCUCAUUCGCCCUCUGAAUGGCACACAUACACAAUUCAUGUAUCAAUUGUCUCAAAGCUUAAAAAUCCUUCUUUGACCCAUCUCCUCCCCUUCAUCUCCACUGAUUGAAGGUGACAUCCAAUAAGGGAUCAUACAGUAGCUCUCACCUGGAUUUACCUGGUCAGUCUGUCAUGGAAAGAGCAGGUGUUCCAAUUGUUUUGUACACUCAAUGUAUAUAGUUAGCUGGGUUAUCAAAAUAAUGCCUGUAUUGUAAAAUAGUUACAUAGAUUGAUGGCUUUAGGUUGCUUAAAAGUGGUCAUGUUCAAAACGAGCAGCUUGAGUCAUGUACACUUUCAGAGGUGCAGUCAGUCCCGACCGUAAAAUAAAUGUUUACGGUAGGUUAUUCAAACCUGAUUUGUUACCGAUGACAACUAGCUGGCUCAGGUCUUUGAAUUGCACACAAAGUAAUGUUGUUUUUUUCCAACAAUAUUUCUGCUGAUUAAAAGCAACACUGCUUGUGCCUUGCCUCAGGCUACUGUAGCUAGAGUUACCGAGGUAUACAUGACAUGCAUGUCACGAGACAAAAUACAUUUUUUGUUUAUCUCAAAUUACGGAGAUGCAAAUGCCUGUGGUAGUGUUCCCACUCACACUAGAUAGAAAACCACCAAACGUAUAUUUUUACAGUGGUACACCACACCUUCAUUCAUACAGUUGUAUUGAAUUACUAGUAUUUCACUGGCUUUGAUACGUAGUUUGAAAUUAGUGGUCAACGUUUGUUUUUGUUUUUAUUCAACAUAGACGCCCACACAUCAGGCAUCAACUCAGAUAUAGAUAGAAUUCAUUAUUAUAUGAAAAUAAAAACACUUUUAGCCAUUUAACACUAAAAUGAAUGCAUUUCAACAAGAGAUUCCUUUUUCUUUACCCUUUGUGGGCGGGACCAAAGCGGUUGCCAGGGACACAAGACCCAAACGCAUUCACACAUUUAAACCGGUCUUCCUCCAUUGUAGAGACAAGAUGGACUCUUUUAUAUUGGCUCAUUUACACUAGCCAUCUUGCCCGCUUACAUUCACAUGCCUUUUGUCACUCAAGUGCCUAAAUUACUCUCCCACGUGCUCUCUUAUCAGUUCAUCCAUCUGUCUUUCUCUCACACAACAGACGGAAUACAAUCACAAUUAAGCUGAAUUGUAACAUUGGUUGAUUCAGAUAUAUGCAAGUAGAAUGUUCGUUGUGCACUUUCCUUCUAGGGAAUCUUGUUCAUGUUCAAGAUGCUCAAUAAUCAAGGCUCAAACUCUGACGAACAUCAUCUAGAAUGCCAAAGUACUUUUAAUGUAAACUUUGCAAUAAAAAAGGGCAGCUUUUACUUAGACGCAACGUGACUGUCACUAUGAAUAAUCAAUCAUGUGAAUAAGAUAUAAAUAUGAUAUAAGACUACUUAAAGAAGAUAAGACUGGGCCCAUUGUAAAAACUGUGGAUGGUAAACUACAAUCAAGCUAAUAUAGCACCGGACAAAAAUAUAUAUAAACGAUCUCAGACCAGUACAGGAGCAGUUCAUGAAAACACAGUAGCAUCCAAUUACUGAGCUUGUGCAGCAUUUUACUAGUAAAACUAUUUUCUGAGCUUUCAUACUUAUGUUGUGGUGGUGAUGUGAUUAUGGGUCAAAAUAUCACCCUAUUCCCUAUAAAGUGCACUACUUUUGACCAGGACCCAUAAAGUAGUGCACUACUUUUGACCAGGACCCAUAAAGUAGUGCACUACUUUUGACCAGGACCCAUAAAGUAGUGCACUACUUUUGACCAGGACCCAUAAAGUAGUGCACUAUGUAGUAAAUAGGCACAUAUGUCUGCAGCUAUGGAAAGAACAGGUAGAAAUUACAAUAUAUUCAGUCAUAUGCAUCCAAUUUCUGAAAGACGCACAAGGUGUUGUUGGAGAUUACGAUCAGCAUGGGAUCUUUUUUUUUUAACCACUGUCUCUUUCACAUAUGAGCCCUGCAUGAACACCUCAAUAAACAACAAUUACACUAUAAAUAUCUAUAUACACAAUACAUUAAAAACAAACACAAGGAAACAAACACAUUAUUCAGUAAAAAGGCCCUCUAACAUUGGCCUGAAUUGAGGCAAUCUUGACGUUUUCUUUGUACAAAACAACAUGGUUCAACAUAUUUUUGAGACCUGCUUUUUCUUCCUCAAUGUGAGGGUCCCUCAAAGUAAUAUAAUGUGUUUUUUAGAGGCAGACAUUUCAUGUUGGUACAGUUUUGUGGGUAUGUCCUUUGGUUUAGGGUCUAAUUUGAAUCAAUCUAAAUGACUCAAAUGUAAAAAUGUUAUCUCCAAAGUGUUGUGAAUGUAUUAAUUGCCAAUAUGUACUGUGCAGCCAAAUGGUACAUGCAGCCCAUUGGCACAAAAUAUAGUAUAUUUAGACUAAAAACUAGGUAACAAGAAACCAAGCUUUUAUUUUUAAAACCUCAGAGCUCUUGGGUGAUGUUCCUCAGCCUGGCUCCAAGAAAGAAGGGAGGGUAUUUUGAUAUGAUACAUACAGAGCAGAGAACUUGGCAGAACUCUCAUUUGUUAUCUCUGCUAUUCAUUAGGUUGGGAAAACCCUGAGGUUUUUUGGGG